AUGGACAACGUUUCAAAUGUAUCGUCAGUGUUGACACUUCAAGGCUUCGAUGUACCACAGGAAACGUCUUUCCUGGCUUUUCUUCUGGCCACACUAGGAUAUAUGGUUAUUGUGUUCUGCAACCUUCUUCUGCUCAUUACCAUCAUUCUCAACAAGAAUCUUCAUCAUCCAAUGUACUUUCUUCUGAUAAACAUGCCAAUCAACGAUCUCAUUGGCUCAUCAGCCCUAUUUUCUCAGAUCUUCAGGGAGUUUUUGUCUAACUCCAAAUCUAUAGAGUUCCCUGCCUGUGUCACUCAAGCCUUUUUCAUUCACAUCUAUGCCACAGGGGUCGUGUUUAUUUUAGCAGCCAUGGCCUAUGACAGAUACAUUGCCAUAUGCAGACCACUGCAGUAUGCCACGAUAAUGACCAAUGCCCACCUCAUGAGGAUCAUUGCUCUAGUCUGGGGUUCGAAUUUGAUUUUGAUUGGAGUGCUUUUCAUCCUCCUUCUGAGGCUACCUCGCUGUAGAAAUAAUGUAACUCACACUUACUGUGACAAUCCAUCAUUGCUAAGGCUGAUGUGCGGAGACACAACCAUUAAUAACAUCUAUGGUCUCCUGACUGUGUCUUGCACACAGCCAAUAACUGUGGGUCUCAUUCUGUACACUUACCUGCAGAUUCUGAUCACUUGUUUCAGAAGCAAAAGCACAGACACAAGAAGCAAAGCCAUGCAAACAUGUGCAACACAUCUUGUUGUUUUUCUCCUUUUUGAGUGUUUAGGGCUUUUUACUAUAAUUUCUUACAGGAUACAAAACAUGUCUCCUGGCCUUACAAAGUUUAUUGGUGUUUCAGCUUUAAUAUUUCCGCCUACCCUGAAUCCAAUUAUUUAUGGAAUCAAUACAAAGGAAAUCAGGAAAAGAGCUAUCAUGCUCUUUAAGAAAAAUUUAUUCCCAAUGUGA